UUUCUGAAGAAAUAGAAGCCACACCCAUCCAGUAAACUUGUGGGAGUAGACAUAUUUGCUUGAAACAGAGUCACGAGAUUUCCCAAGUGUUUUCAGCUGUUUCAGCAAAAGCCCGACAGGUUACAGGAGUGCACAUUUGUAUGAUAAUUAGCAAAGGAUGGAUCGAGCACAGCAUGAAGGGAGGCCUCUUUGGACCCCUACACACGACACCUUAAUGACAAGUGCACGCAGAAGUGGUAGACAACAUGCGGAUGACCAAAUUCUAACCUCUUCUCCAGCCGAAAGUCAAAUGUGGAUUGCAGCUUAUUCCAUUCUUCUGCUUUCAGUCGGUGUGAGCUUGCAAGUCAGUCGAUUCAUCAAACUGCAACAAGAAGAGCAUCCUGAACAAGAUACCUUGGAUGAGUUUGUAUACUCUGAUGGUUUCAGCCUCAUAUCUAUGCUACUGAGUAUUGUGUGGAUUGUUGUCGUUAUUGCUUAUUCCAUUUAUGAAAAUAGAAAGCAACAAACUCAAGGUAGUGAUCAGCCUGUCCAUCAUGUUGGAAAUUACCUGAUUUAUGGCCUCUGCUUUUUUGCCAUGGGUGGUGAAUUCCUUGCUCUCUUCCAUGCCAUGGCAUUGUUUACGUAUACAUGUUCAUCACCAGUAUCUAAAGCAUAUGCUGUUAUCAAAAUCAUCUUCAUUGCCUUACAAGUUGUUCUCAUUGCAUGGUGUCGUAAACAAAGUGUUUUCUCCAAGCAUCUCAUCAAUGGUAUUUUUCUGUAUCACACAGUUACAACCAACGUUGUUCUCUACCUUACAACGUUUUUGGAAAGCAAAAUAGGCUUUCCAAGAAGAGAAUCUAGUAAUUUGACUGUCGUUUCAAAAUAUCUUGGCCCUUCAUCUCAUGUUAACUGCACUUUAACCAAUGACAACUACCAUGACUUAUUUCACGAUGCAAGUCUCUAUCUCUAUCCAUUUUGUUUAGAGUUUACUUUGACGUCAUCAGCAAUGUUGGCAGAAUAUUGGAUAGCAGCCAAACACUAUAGAGAAAGUAACAACCUCAUACUUGCAUUCCCAACAGUACAAAGCAAUAUUUCCACUUCAAAUAGAGAAACUGGUAAUGGAAGAAAGCUGAACCUGGCUAUACCAACUAUCAUUGGACUGACGGUUUUUGGACUAUUUGUUCUCAUGAUCAUCCUCCUACAUUAUCUGUCACGAGACAAUAAUCCAGGUAAUGUCUUCCAAGUAUUCAACAUCAGUGUUUCUGCCAUUGCAAAAAUUGUUUGCCUGACUGGUCUCAUUCUGCUUAAAUCGAAUGAUGCAGUGAACUCAAAUGUUAGUCUGGACGAAGUUCUAUUAAUCACCACAAUAUUUGGAACAUUUGGAAUAAGUCUAUGCCUCAUUUAUUCUGCUAUAUCUGGCUUAGUAAAAGAUGGUGAUAAUGACCUAAACUCUUAUGCUGUACUGAUGUUGACUGCGUCACUAAGUUGGAUACUACAGGCAUUUCUUCAGUCCAACUUCAUUGUAAAGGCUCUCAAUCGGAAACCAAGAGAGGUGAAGUUCUGUUGUGGCAUCUUUAACAUUGCCUAUUUGGCUUUGAUUCUAGCAUAUGUUAAUUUUGGGAUGUGGCUGCUAGAUACAAUUGACUUAGAAGGUCAUGAUAACAGUGUGUAUAGUAAUUACACCCUGCUAAGGCUCAAUAUACUGGAAGACAAUUUCUUUGGAAAAUCAACAUGGACAUGGGUAAUGCUGGUUCUCUACCCACUUGCUAUCUUCUUUAGGAUCCACUCUGUAUCAACACUGUAUCGAGUGUAUAAACUGCACAAGUAUGUGCCUACUGACACUGACCAAAAAUGAUCCCAGCAACAGUUACAGCUGUUUUAUUAGUUAUGCAGAUAACUUAGCAGCCUGUUGUAGUUAGUAAGCUAUACACUAAAUCCUUGGAAAGACUGCAGUAAAUGCUAGGAAGUAAAAAAUUUGAU